AUGACCCACCGCUUCGAGCGUCCGUCAGCAGACAUAUAUUGCACAUCCUCACACCAAAGACCAACUCCCGGCCUCGAAGCUUCGGGACGAGCAUUAGUGGUAGUGGUAGAACCCAACGUGAACACUGGCCCCAUGGCUGACGGGACUCACGCGACGAUCGCUUUGCUUCGAGCGUCACUCGACAGCCAAUUGCUCACUCACAUUCGCACUCCGCCUGGAAAACGCGUGUCCUUGGCCAAAUUCAAGGCAGACCAACUGGCCAUCAUCGAGCAAGACUACAUCGGCGACAAGGACCUCAUUACCGAGCACCAUGCGAAUAUCAAAGACUUAUUCUCUACCCGCGACUUUACUUUGACAAGCGCCGCGACGGACCUGAUGAAUGGCAGGAGCAUUGAUGACAUGGUUGAUGGAAUCUAUACAAGGAUCGAUGCUUCUCGGCUGGAGGACAGGGCGAGAGGUCUAUCGGAAGCCUCUGUAUCCACGAUCGCGUGGAGAGGACUGGCGGGAGAUCUUGACAAGCUCGACAAUCUGUUCUGGGAUCUGAAGAACCACGUGAAAGAUGAUGGUGUGGCGAAGAAGAAUCUCGCCGAGGCACUGUACAAAAUCGCUUGUGAUUGGAGCCGUCCCGACUCCUUCGAAGAGUCAGUGCGGGGGUUGGGUGGAAUGGAGGACGGAGUCUGGACAGGCGUGACGAAAUUUUACUCUGGGGUACAGGAGGAAAGGAAGGCAGCUUUUGCCCGAGUGGAGGAGGAGUCAAUGCGGGGCACCGACAACCAGGCCGACGGACUCUCAGACCUGGGUGAUGCGCGGGAGGACCAGGAAGGAGAGGAACGUGGGGGCGGCUCGAGUGAACCUGGAGGAUCGGUCAGAUGCUGGAUGCCGCAAACCGCGAAGUCGUGGCUGACGACGGCUGCUGGGGCCGGAGCCCUUGUCGGACUGGGGGCUCUGGCUUGGGGUUCGUCCCGUGGAGCGUCGGGCACCGAGAACGAGGAGAACUACUUUCACCGGGGCAAGGACCAAAUCCUUCCUGUGCUCUUGCGCGUGAGAACUCACGGAACGGAUCGCAUCAGCACCGCACAGACGUGCCACGGUGCGGUGCGGCUGACUCAGGGAGGUAGGAUGAAAGGGGCGGUCGCCAUGUCCGCUGCCGGCGCCAUGGCCCUGAGGAGUAACGAGGCCGAAAUGGAGACGUAUCGAGAGGGCUGGAAGAAGGCGAAAACAGCUUCGUUGACUGUAGAUGGGCUCCAAGCAGAGGCAGACAAGGUCUGA